AUGGAUGCAAAAGCGUGGAUUGUAUGUAGCGUUGGUAUUUUAUACUUAAGUGUUUGUGACGGCGGUUAUUGCACUCAAUACUAUUCAAAUUCAGAAACUUGUUCCCAUCUUGUUCACUACUAUACAACAUGUGGCUGGUGGAGCAGAUGUGGAAGAUACAGGUUAACAUCAUAUGGCUGUUACAAGCAGCGCAGUCGACGCGUGUGUUGUACCGGAUAUCAGGGCCAAGAUUGCAGUCAGCCAAUUUGUUUUGGAUCGACUAGUUGCCCAAACGGCGGGACAUGUAGAGCCCCGGACACGUGCAGUUGUCGUGCGGGAUUUUCCGGAAAAAAGUGUUCAGAUGAUGAUGAAUGCAAUGACAAAACACACUCGUGUGAUCACAAUUGUACAAACGAAGAAGGUGCGUAUAGCUGCUCCUGCAAUAUGGGAUAUUUGUUGGACAUAGAUAAUCGCACAUGUUCAGGUAAGAUUGAAGCAUUUGUUUUAAGUUAAACGCACGUUAUAUGGGUAUACAUAUGAUGAAACUACAGGGACGAGCCCAGCAGCAAAAAAGCUACGAUAAACCCUGUUUAAAGGCAUAAACUCAAAGCCUAAACAAACACAAAACGAGUGAUACAGAAUUUGAUCUAGGUUUAUCAUGCAAUUAUUUCGCAUAUAAA